AUGCAGAGUCGAAGUCCCGACCCUAACCCCUCCCCUCCCGUGGUGCUCCCCAGGUGCCGCCGGGGGGGCGCCUUUGGUUCGGUGUUCAAAGGGCUACUACCUGAAGGAACCUUGGUGGCUGUGAAGAAGCUGGAGGGAUUUCGUCAAGGGGAGAAGCAGUUCCGUGCGGAGGUGAGCACACUUGGCACCAUUCGCCAUGUCAACCUAAUUCGACUGCUCGGUUUUUGUUCAGAGAGAACGCGCAAGCUACUCAUCUACGAGUACAUGCCAAACACCUCACUGGACAGAUACCUGUCCGGGAGUAGCAAUCAACUGGUGCUAAGCUGGAGUACCAGGUACCAGAUCGCACUGGGAGUAGCAAGAAGAUUACACUAUCUCCAUGAGAGAUGCAGGGACUGCAUCAUCCACUGUGACAUCAAACCUGAAAACAUACUGUUGAGCGACACCUUUGUGCCUAAAGUUGCAGAUUUCGGGCUCGCAAAACUCAUGGGCCACGACUUCAGCCGUGUCCUGACAACGAUGAGAGGAACCGUUGGAUACCUGGCGCCAGAGUGGAUAGCAGGCACGGCCAUCACGACCAAGGCAGAUGUUUAUAGCUACGGUAUGAUGUUGUUUGAGAUUGUCUCUGGCAGGAGGAAUGCGAUAAAGCGCCAGGACGGCACGCUGGAUUUUUUCCCGUUGCUGGCCGCGACGAAGGUAACUGAAGGAGAGCUGGAAGGACUUGUGAAUACCUUGCUGGACUGCAACGUGAACCCAGCCGAGGUGGAGAGAGCAUGCAAGGUCGCGUGUUGGUGCGUCCAGGACGACGAGGGCGCUAGGCCGUCCAUGGCGACGGUCGUGCAGGCUCUUGAGGGGCUGGUUGAGGUCAACGUCCCGCCGGUGCCGAGAUCGCUCAAACUUCUGAUGGACCAGACGACUUACGUGGAGUUCUAUUCGAAGCUACCAUCGGAAUGAGCUUUGCUUCGCUUGUCCAAACCACGUUAGCGGUGAAUUCUACCUAUGUAAGCAACUAAGCAUAUGUUAUGUUAGACUAUCUACUACACUGUACCGUAAAAUUUGAAGUAUGAGGUGCUGCAAUCGUCAUCAAUAAAUUCAGUAUCUAGCUAGU